CCGAGGGCGGAAGUGAGAAAGUUGCCGGCGUCCCGCGGAGAGCCGGCGGAGCGUUGCGCGCGACGCGGCGAUGGGGGGCUCGGGCAGCCGCUUGUCCAAGGAGUUGCUGGCCGAGUACCAGGACUUGACGUUCCUGACCAAGCAGGAGAUCCUCCUAGCUCACCGGCGGUUCUGUGAGCUGCUCCCGCAGGAACAACGGAGCGUGGAGGAGUCGCUGCGGGUGCGAGUGUCCUUUGAGCAAAUCCUCAGCCUUCCCGAGCUCAAGGCCAACCCCUUCAAGGAGAGAAUCUGCAGGGUCUUCUCCACAUCCCCAGACAGGGAUAGCCUGAGCUUCGAGGACUUCCUGGACCUGCUCAGCGUGUUCAGUGACACAGCAACCCCAGACAUCAAAUCCCAUUAUGCCUUCCGCAUCUUUGACUUUGAUGAUGACGGAACCUUGGACAGGGAAGACCUGAGUCGCCUGGUGAACUGCCUCACAGGCGAGGGUGAGGACACACGCCUCAGCGCCUCCGAGAUGAAACAGCUGAUCGACAACAUCCUGGAGGAAUCCGAUAUUGAUCGGGACGGGACCAUCAACCUGUCUGAGUUCCAGCACGUCAUCUCGCGUUCUCCGGACUUUGCCAGCUCCUUCAAGAUUGUCCUGUGACAGCAGCCAAAGCACCCAGCACCCUGUCCAAGCACUCUUCUGUGGUGGAGCUGCAGCCCCAGGGACACCUGUGGUGCCAGGGCCGGCCACGCUGGCCCAGCUGGAGCUGGCACUAGCAGUCUGGGCCCAAGCAGGGGAGUGCCCUCCUUGUCAGGGCCCUUCCCCUUCUCACUGCCAUUGUCGAUCGCUCUGUUUCUACUAAUCAGUAAUAAAGGUUUAGAGGUUUUGA